GCCUGAGGGUCGCCGCCGCUCUCAAACUGGAAGAUCGUCACAUCGCUGACCUCUCUACAUCGCUACAUAUGUCGGAAGAUACAGCUGGCUCAAUUGGACGGCUCAACGAGGACGUCGGCUGCCGCAUCCUCCUCGAGCUUCCAACGCCAGAUUUGUUGUCACUGUCAAUGACGUGUCGUCCGCUCCGAAAUACAUGCAUGCCAUUCUUGUUCGGUCGCUCCUACAUAACGAUCUAUGGACCACCACAAGUUGAGAAACCGGAAUUGUUCCUACCUACAUCGCUCAGGCCUUACGUUCACUCGCUAGUCAUACAUGACAAGUGUCUGGACCAGCGAAGCAUACAUCACAUGAACCAGCGGCUCUACUUCACAGACAACUACAUGCGCUGCGGUGCUUUCCCUGGAUCCUCUCUUUCCCAACGGCUGCGAGAGCUAUCUCGCCUACGCUCGUUGACAAUAUACAAGGAUAACAGCUCAACGCAUGGCCUGUCGUGGGAAACUCUGCGGGCACUUCUCUCUGUACCACAGUUACACGAGGUCAAACUCAGAUGGCUCUAUUUCUGUCCCGACCUACGCCCAGGUGAAGAACUCACCAUCGACUCACCAGCUCCGAUCACAUCUUUCCACUACCGGAUGUACCACCCACGAGAUCCAUUCAGUUUUCCAUCCGAAACGGCCGCACUCUCCGCCGCGUUGCACAGUCUUUGCGAGACUCUCGAGACAAUAGUCCUUUGUAGUGAGUCUGCCCCGCUAUCCACUAUGCCCCAUUUCCACUGGCCGCGCCUUCGCAAACUCGUGUUUUACGGGAUGCCAUGGACGACUCUGCCCGCGCCAUUCGUGUCGCUAUGCCUGGGGAUGCAGAGCCUGCAGUCUCUCUCUUUGAAGUUGUAUGCGACACCGUCCGCUGCGCCCCAACCACUUUGGCCUUCAGGCCAGUCCUGCGCUUUCCCUUGGCCAGCGCUUGAACGUCUUGUCAUCUCAUUUCCAGAUCCUCAAGACGAGAUAUACGACCAUCUACCAUCCUCUCUGCGGGCACUUUCGCUGCGCUGUUGGCCCCACCUCCAUGUACAACGCCGGUGGCGCGGAUUUGGGUUUGCAUGGCGUCAGCGAGACAACGCCAUGCUAGAUUCUUCCGCGAUGCUCUCAAUUCUGCGUCGAUGCAACACACUGGAUCUCGACCACCUCGAGGUCGAGUAUUGUGUUGACAACGAGGACGGUGCACUCCUGCAAUAUGUGGCGACUACAUUCCCGCAUCUCACAUCUCUGAAGAUCCACUGCUAUCAGUCAGCACUUGGGGAAGGGCGGAACAUAUCUGUCGUACAAAUCGCUCAGUCGCUUGCUUCUCUCACUGAACUUCGUCGUCUCAAAGUAUACCUAGACGUCGUCGUUGUGUCGCAGCCAGAUAUGGUGCCUCCCAGAACCAACCUACAGAACGCGGCGGCAUUAUUUGCGCAAAUACUCAGUUCGUCUUUACGCGAAGUCGUGAUAUGUAGCAAGGAUCUUCCCUCUUGGCACAAAUUCCAGGUCGUAGGAAGAUGCGCACAUAGGCUGGACGCGCGGCUCAGUGAACGUUGACCUUUCAGGAGUUGUGACUGUGCCUCAGAGUCCGAAAAUGUAACCUCCGGUUUGACACAAA